AUGAAACUAAUUAAAUAAUAAUCAGCAUCAGCUUUAAAACCUAGAGAGAAAAAAACAAUCCAAGCCAUAAAUUAACCUGUAAUAUACCCUGUUGAUGGGUUUAAAUUAUUAAAUGAAUUGGCUAUUGGAGGAUUUGGGUGUGUUUAUAAAGCAAUUGAAAUGAAAACAAAUAGGCUUGUUGCUAUCAAAUACUCAAAAGACAAUAUGGAAAAGGAAUAUAAAAUAUUAAUUUAAUUACAGAACUGCUAAGGGGUUCCUUAAGUUUAUUAUUUCGGCCAGUUAAACAAUACUUACUAUAUCGUAAUGGAGUAUUUAAAUGAAGAUAUGUAAACUAUUUUUACGAAAUCAAAAUGUUUUUCAAUAAAAACAAUCAUGUUGGUUGCUAUAAAAGUAAUUUAAGCUUUAAGUGAAAUCCAUAAAAAUGGUAUUCGACAUAGAGAUAUAAAACCAUAAAAUUUGAUGACUAAAUAUUCUGGUAUUCACAAUGUAUGAUUAAGAUUCUACUAUAUUUAUAAUUGACUUUGGGAUUUCCCUACUUUAAAAUGAUCCUUUACCUGAUAAAUAUGUUGAUGGCACUAUUUUGUAUGAUCCAAGAAUUGUGCAUAGACGUUAAGAAUAUCGAUUUAUAGAUGAUAUAGAAAUGGCUGGUUAUUGCUUGGUUGAAUUGUUUAAAGGUAAAUUUGUAAUGUAUAAAUAAGGUUCAUUGCCAUGGUAAAAAUAUAUAGAUGGUAGAGAAUCAAGAAUUAUGUAGAUGAAACAAGAAUUUUUAGAUGCUAAAUCAACAAAUUAGCUACCUAUAUAUCCUAUUUUUUAAUUUGUCGAAGAAAAUCAGAAAAAUGAUUUACCAGAUCAUAAUAAAUUAAUUAAUUAAUUAAGAGAAGUCUUAUAGAAAUAAAACAUACUCGAAGAUUAUAUAUAUGAUUGGAGUUGUAAUGAAUUAUUAACAACUCCUUAAUUUAAGCCUAGAACAAUCAGUUUUUAAAGUUCUAAAAGCAAGUAUGCAACUGUUCAAUAAGAAUUUAAUAUUCCUUCUGAAGGCGAAAUAUAAUAUGUAGAUGAUUAAUUAUAUAAAUUUAUAAAGUGA